ACAAUUGACAGUAUUUCCGCAACAGUUGAGGUAAACAGUUGCGUCUUAAAAACUUGCCCAUUGUGCCGUCUCACCAUGUCAAAAGCAUCCUGCGGCGCAGAAAAGAUUUUCUAUCUGGCGGGGCCUUUACUAUCUGGGCGAUAAUAAAGAACAGCUAAUUUGGAUUUACAUGCGCAACAACUUGAAAGGGGCGUCUUGCAAGCGAGAUAGAGUUUUGUUGACUGGGCAUUUGACAGCACACUUUUUUCACACAUUUCGAGUUUUUCAGGCCAAAUAUGCAUCGUCACGCAAGGGAGAUUUGCCAGCACGUGAAGACCGCCGGUAAUGGACGCAACUUCGAAUACCUUGCCGGCUUUCGCCUCCCAGUGCCCAUUCUGACCGAACUAUAAUUUCGGUUUAUAACGCUCUAACACUUUUAACAGCUCUGCUUUUCUUUUUGCCUACGUUUUGCACGAAUUUCGCUCAGCUGAUGCAUGAUAAAAACAAAAAUGCCGGAAGAAAGUUUAGGGCCGCAUAUAAAAUUGCAAAAAAUUGGAGAUGCCAAGCAGCAAACAGAAAAUGAAUCCGGAAUCGAAACAAAACCGCGAGGACCUGGAGAAACGCCUGCAACCCCACUGAGUAAGAAUCAAUUGAAGAAACAGAAAAGAUUGGAAAAAUACGAAGAGCUAAAAAAAGUCCGACGCCUGAAAGAGCGUGAAAGGCAGAAACAAAAGCGUCUUGAAGCACAUGCUCAAGGAUUACCAGCACGUGUUGGACCGUCACGAAAAGAGUUAAAGAAACGUCAACUUCAGUGCACUGAGCAGCAGACGGGUAAGCUUUGUGUUGCUAUAGAUUUGGACUACGACGAUUUGAUGCUUGAUCGCGACGUGUCGAAAUGUAUCAAACAGUGCCUACGCAUUUAUACGAUUAACCGUCGUUCCAAAUGUCCAGGUCAUCUGCAUAUCACCGGCAUCAAAACUGACGGACGAAUUCAUAGUAGCCUUAAACGAAAUGAUGGUUGGGAGAAUUGGCAUUUAAAAUACCAUUUCGACCAAACGCACAAUGAUGUCUUCCCAAAGCAGAAGAUAGUGUAUCUCACUUGUGAGUCUGACACUGUGCUAGAUCGUAUUGAAGGGGAUUUUGUAUAUGUGAUUGGAGGUUUGGUUGAUCAUAAUCAUCAUAAGGGCCUGUGCCAUAAAAGAGCGACUGAAAUCGGACUGCGUACCGCGCGAUUACCGCUGAGCGAACACGUUAAUAUGAAAACACGUGCGGUGCUAAGCACAUUUCAUGUUUUUGAAAUACUGAUGCGUGUUACUGAAGGGAAGUCUUGGACAGAUGCUAUAAUGGAAACUUUACCUGUACGAAAGGGUGCUAAACCUAAAGUAAAUACUGAUUCAUCUGCAGAAAAUCAACUCAAUGGGAAUGAAGAAAUAAAUUCAAAUGAUCAGAUUUCAUUAAAGGAUCAGGAAUAAAAAAGUUCAACCACCUGGACCAAAUAUAAAAA